UAUGAAUGAAGUGCUUUCUCAAGGGCAGAUGCGGAAGCUGCCCUCCCCGAGGUUUCAGAGAACCCGGGGAAGGAAAUCGCCUCAGGAGGCAGUGUGGCUGCUGGGACUGCCUGGGCUGUGCGCCUCCGGCUGCAGCACGCUGAUCACGCUCUCCAAGAUGCAGUAUCUGGAUGCAGAGGAACUCCCGGUGGAUGAAGAGGAUGAUAUUUUUGGUGAAGGACUACCAGCCAGAAUCCCAGAAAUCAUGUUGGUAGGAUCCCAGUCGUUCUCACCCGGAGGGCCCAAUGGGAUCAUUAGGAGCCAAUCCUUCGCGGGGUUCAGCGGUCUGCAGGAGAGGCGAUCCAGAUGUAACUCCUUCAUUGAAAAUUCCUCUGCUCUCAAGAAGCCUCAGGCCAAACUGAAGAAAAUGCACAAUUUAGGACACAAAAAUAACAACCCUCCCAAAGAGCCUCAACCUAAAAGGAUGGAAGAGGUCUACAGGGCCUUGAAAAACGGACUUGAUGAAUAUCUGGAGGUUCACCAGACAGAGCUGGACAAGUUGACAGCUCAGUUAAAAGAUAUGAAAAGAAACUCUCGCCUGGGUGUGCUGUAUGACCUAGACAAGCAAAUUAAAACGAUUGAAAGAUACAUGAGGCGCCUGGAGUUCCACAUUAGUAAGGUAGAUGAACUCUAUGAAGCUUAUUGUAUCCAAAGACGCCUCCAAGAUGGGGCCAGCAAAAUGAAGCAAGCCUUCGCAACUUCUCCCGCCAGCAAAGCUGCCCGAGAGAGUCUGUCAGAGAUCAAUCGGAGCUACAAAGAGUACACAGAGAAUAUGUGCACCAUUGAAGCGGAGCUGGAGAGUCUCCUGGGGGAAUUCUCCAUCAAGAUGAAAGGUCUGGCUGGCUUUGCUCGCCUCUGUCCUGGAGAUCAGUAUGAAAUUUUCAUGAAGUAUGGCCGACAGAGGUGGAAACUGAAAGGCAAAAUAGAAGUAAACGGCAAACAGAGCUGGGAUGGAGAGGAGGUGGUGUUCCUGCCCCUGAUCGUUGGAUUCAUUUCCAUCAAGGUCACGGAGCUCAAAGGGCUAGCAACUCACCUCCUGGUCGGCAGUGUGACCUGCGAGACCAAAGAGCUGUUUGCAGCCCGACCUCAGGUGGUGGCUGUUGACAUCAAUGACCUUGGCACCAUCAAACUGAACCUGGAAAUCACCUGGUAUCCAUUUGACGUGGAGGACGUGACCCCAUCCUCAGGCGCAGGGAACAAGGCGGCAGCCCUCCAGAGGAGAAUGUCCAUGUACAGCCAGGGCACCCCAGAAACGCCCACCUUCAAGGAUCACUCCUUCUUUUCUAAUCUACCUGAUGACAUCUUUGAAAAUGGAAAGGCGGCUGAGGAGAAAAUGCCACUCUCUCUCAGCUUCAGCGACCUGCCCAAUGGGGACUGUGCCCUCACCCCCAACCCUGCUGGCUGUCUCUCCAACGCCUACUUGGGAAAUCCAGAAAUUACCAUCACCCCUGCCAAGCUGAACCACAGCAGCCUGUCCUCCCAGAAUGAGGGAAUGGAUGACACCAGCUCAGCAUCUUCUACAAGCUCCUCAAGAGAAGGCCAAGAGACAAAGCCACACCUGGAGGAAGAUGCAGAGGGGCCCAGAAAACCCGAGGCCUGCCGAGCGUCUGCAGGUGCUGGGAGGCUGUUCCUUGAGAAGGAUGUCACAGAGGCACUUCUGCAAGAGUCCGAUGAGGCCUCUGAACUCAAGCCUGUGGAACUGGACACUUUUGAAGGCAACAUCACGAAGCAACUGGUCAAGAGGCUCACCUCGGCAGAGGUGCCGGCAGCCACGGAGAGGCUGCCCUUUGAGGGCUCUGUCAGUGGCGAAUCCGAAGGCUGUAGAUCCUUUCUAGAUGGAAGCUUAGAGGAUGCCUUUAAUGGGCUGUUCCUUGCAUUAGAACCACAUAAAGAGCAGUAUAAAGAGUUUCAGGAUCUGAACCAAGAAGUCAUGCAUUUGGAUGAUAUUCUAAAAUGCAAGCCAGCAGGAAGCCGCAGCAGGUCCUCCAGUUUAAGCCUUACAGUUGAAAGUGCUUUAGAAAGCUUUGAUUUCCUGAAUACCUCCGAUUUUGACGAGGAGGAGGAGGAUGGCGAUGAGGUUUGUAAUGUCGGAGGAGGUGCUGACUCGGUAUUUUCAGACACUGAGACUGAGAAAAAUAGUUACAGAUCAGUACACCCAGAAGCGAGGGGGCAUCUUAGCGAAGCUCUGACUGAAGACACAGGAGUUGGGACUAGUGUGGCCGGAAGCCCUCUCCCACUGACCACAGGAAAUGAGAGCCUGGACAUCACCAUUGUCAGGCACCUACAGUACUGCACCCAACUCGUUCAGCAAAUUGUUUUCUCAAGCAAAACCCCAUUUGUGGCCAGAAAUCUCUUAGAGAAGCUUUCUAGGCAAAUCCAAGUGAUGGAGAAACUCUCAGCUGUCAGUGAUGAGAACAUAGGAAAUAUCAGUUCUGUCAUGGAAGCCAUACCAGAAUUUCACAAAAAGCUGUCUUUGCUGUCAUUCUGGACCAAGUGCUGCAGCCCAGCUGGUGUCUACCACAGCUCAGCCGACAGAAUGAUUAAGCAGCUAGAAGCCAGCUUUGCCAGAACCGUCAACAGAGACUAUCCAGGACUUGCAGACCCAGUGUUUCGCACCCUGGUGUCCCAAAUCCUGGACCGGGCUGAGCCUCUGCUCUCCUCCAGCCUCUCCUCAGAAGUCGUCACUGUUUUCCAGUAUUACAGCUACUUUACCAGCCACGGUGUGAGUGACCUAGAGAGUUACUUGAACCAGCUGGCCAAGCAAGUUUCCAUGGUUCAUACUCUACAAUCAUUAAGAGAUGAAAAACUACUCCAGGCCAUGAGUGACCUUGCACCGGGCAGCCUGCCAGCCCAGCAGGAAGUUCUCAGGACUCUGGCUCUGCUGUUAACUGGGGACGACAGUGAAGUCCGAGAGGCUGUGACGCUUUACUUGACAGCAGCCUCCAGAAAUGAGCAUUUCAGGGAAAAGGCCUUGCUCUAUUACUGUGAAGCACUAACAAAGACAGACCUUCAGCUCCAGAAGGCAGCUUGUCUGGCCCUCAGAAGCCUGGAGGCUACUGAAAGCAUUAAAAUGCUGGUGACAUUGUGUCAGUCUGACACUGAAGAAAUCAGAAAUGUGGCCUCAGAAACCCUCUUGUCUCUUGGAGAAGAUGGGCGGCUUGCAUAUGAACAGUUGGACAAAUUUCCUCGAGACUGUGUUAAAGUUGGAGGUCGUCAUGGAACUGAAGUUGCCACGGCCUUUUAAUUACAAGUUAACUCUGCCUAACGGCUGACUUAAUAAAUGGCCCUCUUAAUCAAGAUGGUGCUGUGAUUUAGCUGGAAUGUGUUUCAAACUUGAAGAGUUCUGUUGAGGUUGUCCGGAAAUUUAAUGUGUUAUCAAAAGAAUUCAAAAUCCAGUUUCACAGUACGUAUCCACUUCUUUGGCCAACAGAAUAGGGCUAUGUAUAAUUCAGUAGAUUACAUUGUUGGUUGCUUCUGACAAUAGUAAGAGUCCAUCUUAUCUAAUAUGUAUGGGAUUUUAAAACAGCCAUCUUUGUACUUUUUGGGAAGAUCUUCUAUAAGCUCAAAAUAGUCAUGUGAUAGCUUGAUAAAUAUCAUACGCCUUGCAGUUUUUCUCUGUCAUGUUCUCAGGGUUGAGUGGCCCCCUUAGCUACCUAAUUUUAUGUUAAACGCAAAGCACAAAAAAGAAUUUCUUUGAAUAAAAGUUUGCCUGCAGAACCUGGUAAAAUGACACAUUUUAAGGGUUUAAUUUUUUUAAAUUUCAUUUUUUCAAGCCUCCACUAAUUUCUUUUGUUUCUUUUCUUCAUUCUGAAAAUUCCGAAGCAUGUUUUCGUUAUGGUAAAAAGAUAAGUAGAUGACUAAGGACUACCUUAUUAAGAUUCUACCCGUGCUCAUUUAAAAAAGGACACGCAAAACUUAAGCUAUUUUUAAAAAACAAGAGCCAUUCUUUUUAUGAUACUUUUACAAGAGAGCUAUUUUACUGCUAGCACAAAUCAAAACCAAAAGUCACGGAUGCAGAAAGCUGUGAUGCUUUUUGAGGUAGAAGAACCUGGAACUUGGAGGAAUCCUAAUGGGUUGGGAGCAGAGGGACAUUAAAAGUGGUCCUGGCUUCUGUAUUUUUCACCAUGAGUUUAGGAAGAAGAACACUUUGAGGGAUGGUUACUGCCCUAGACAAAUCAUUCACCACUGGAUAGGCUCCUCUGCCAAAUAGUUAAAACCACAGCUCCCAUUAUUGCUUCCAUAUCAAGGCAGCAAGUCCAUUAAAUAAAGUACAAAACCACUCAGUAGCUCUUAUUAAAUAAUUUUUCUUCCUUUUAAGAGUAUACAAGGUGGGAUAUGCCAAGAUAACAAAAUAAUAUGUAUGAGUAUAAUUUAAACUGUGGAAUAUCGACUGUAUUCUGAAUGUGUUUGUAUAAAAUAUCAUUUAGAUGUCAUUUUAAAUAUUUACAUUUUAGCAAGACCUUUAAAAACAACUCAUUUCAUUUGCAAGUAAAAAUUGUUCGCCAGGCUUCCUGGCAAAUAGUUCUUUCAACUGUGAAGUUAUAAUGUAUAUAUAUAUUUGUAUAUUUAUAAAUAUUAUAUAUAUGCAUAUAUCCUUCAUUUUAAAGGUACAUUGUACAGUCCAUAGUUAGUAUGUAUAGUCUAUAGUCUCUGUUAAAUGGUCAAGAUGACUGUUUUUAUAGAAAGUCAAAUCACCAAUGUGACAGAGUUUUCUGUUUGGUUUGGUUUUUUAUUUUUUGAAUAUUGCAUGAGCAAUUAAUUCCGUAUCUUUUGUAUUCACUUUGCAUUUUAUUUUUGGUUGAAGGGGGUGCUUUUAGUUUUGUGGCAUUUGUAUUCAUCACUCUUUCAAUCAUGUAAGUUAAAAUAAAAAUUAUUUUUGGAUUACUA